UUUAAUUUUUGGCAUUUUUAGCAAACAAACAUCACUUUGACUAAAAAAAAUAAAAACACUCAAUUUCCCACACUCUCGAAUUCAUCGUUGACAUUCUCGAGUCGUAAUCAUUGGGAAUGCGCCGGAAUCAUGAGUAGCGACUUCGACGAGGUAAAAAUUCGAUUUUUUUUUCAAAAAAAACCCAAAACCCUUCAACCGAAGCCAAUUUCCAGUUGUACCAUGGCUCAACGGAAGACAAUUUUCGGUUGUACCAUGGACCAACCGAAAAUCACCUUCGGUUGCACCAUGGCUCAACCGAAGGUGAUUUUCGGUUGGUCCAUGGUACAACCGAAAAUUGUCUUCCGUUGAGCCAUGGUACAACUGGAAAUUGGCUUCGGUUGAGGGGUUUUGGAUUUUUUUUGGAUUUGUUUGGUUUAUAUUAAUAAUUUUCUAUUCUUUUACUACGAUUUAUGGUUCGGUCCAUAAGAUAAUUUGUUGGAUUUUCGUUUACCUUUUUUUAGAUUUAUGGAAGGGAAGGGGUUGUUUGAUUUUGAAAUUCAAAAUGGGCAAUUCAGUAAAUUACAUAUUAAGUUAGGACUAGGGCUGUCAAAAUGGUUUCGGGUUUUCGGUUUAACACGAACCCGAACCGCCAGCAAGUGUCUGCGGGUUCGGUUUGUUCGGUUUCAACCCGAGAAUUAACAUGCUGGGUUCGGUUUCAUAAACCUGAAACCCGAGAGGGAACCCGAAAACCGAAUUGCAAAAACAGCUGGCGGGCCGCGAUGAGUUCGAGAGGUUUGUGAAGGAGGAGAGCCGGCGGCCGGUGAGAGGACUCGCGAGUCGCGACGCAGCUGUGCUCGGCGCACCAGAUGGGGAGCUGCCGGAUGGGGGCGGAUUCGGCGGUGUCGGCGGUGAAGGAGACGGGAGAAACGUGGGAGGUGGAAGGGCUUUACGUGGCGGAUUCCAGCGUGUUCCCGACGGCACUUGGGGUGAAUCCCAUGGUCACCGUUCAGGCGAUCGCUUAUUGCACGGCUCAGUCAGUUCUUGAGGGCCUCAAGCGGAAGAAAUUUUAUUGAACAAUUUUCGGCUGUACAAAUAAUAAUAAUAAUAAUUUAAUAAUUAACAAAUAAUAAGAAUAUAAAAUUCAAAUUACAAAAAUAUUAUAAAAAAAAUUAAACUAGUUCGGUUUCGGGUUCACCCGAACCGAACCGAAACCACCAGGGAUUUUUUCGGGUUUCUGAACCCGCAACCCGCAAAACACAAAUUCGGUUUCGGGUUUGUGGGAGCCGGUUUCGGGUUUCGGUUUUUUGCGGGUUUUGGGUUCGGUUACACGACCCAAACCGAACCGGCAGGCCUAAUUAGGACGACGAUUAGUAAUUUUUAGGACGACCUUUAACCACUGAGAAACAAAACCGUCGAUGCUCCUCCUCUUUCUUUCUCUUGUUUUCUCUCAUUCUCGUCUUCCCUUCUGACUAUUCUUCUUUCUAUCUUUUCUGAUAACGACGAAGAGGGAAGAAAAACGACAACGAAGGCGAGGUGGAACAUCAACGGCGGCGACGAAAGGAAGGCGGCGACGGACCGAAGUAAAACCCUUUUGAAUGUCGAUUUUUUAGGGCUUUUGGUUUAAUUUCAGUUGGGAGUGUAAGGAUUUUAAUUGAGAUCAUUUGGGUUGGUUAAGCAGCUGAUCUGAGUUUGUUUUCUAAGAUUAUGAAAAUUUUUAUGGUUUCUAGGUUUUCGAUUUUGUUACGGAGGAAAGGAGAGAACCUACAAAAGAAAAAUGAAGAGGUACUACAGUAGUAACCAGCCGGAGAUUGUCUUGCCGGCGACACACACGGAGGUGGCCGGUGGAUCAGUUUCUCGGCCUCGGCGGAAGCAGUUCGCGAGUUGCAGAGAGGAUGAGGAUGGGGUUUUUAAUUAUUUAUUAUAAUUUUUUUAAUUGACAUGUCAUUAAGUUAAUGAUCCAAUCAGCAAUUUUGUUUGCCACAUCAUAAAAAAACUGAUAGAGUUAACGGAGACUAACGGUUGGUGACUACCGGUGAAAUGAUUCGUAAAGUUAGUGGUGAAUAAGAAAGAAAAGUAAUUCGAGUGGCAAACAUGAAAUAUUUAUGUAAUUUCAGUAACCAAACAUGUAAUUUAGCCAUUAAAAAGGUAAAUUAACAACGAACAACGACUUGGUCUAGUGGUAAUACCACUAGAUUUAAACUUGUAGGUCACAAGUUCGAAUCGUAAGUAGUACCUAAACAACAAAUAUAAACCUAUAUCACUCUUAUCCAAAAAAUAAUAUUUAAUUAACAUAAAAAUAAUUUAUAGUGGGAAUUGGAAACUAAUAGUAAACAAUUAGAUUCGUAAAAAAUAAUUAUAUAAAAUGUAUUUUAUUAAUAUUUAUAAUAAUUUAUGUAAAUUAUAGCAUUAGUUAUAAAAUAUAUAGAGGUAGUUUGCUUCGUGGAAUUGAAAAAUGAAAGUUUAUUUUAUAUUUGGUUUUGAAAAACCAUGGGUAUACGUGUGGAAAAUUGUCAAUCCGUUGACAAGUGGGUGGAUUAAUUUUACAUUCAAAACCCAACUGAUCCACUUGUUGUUGUUGAUCUUGAAAGUUGCUUAUGAUACACUAACCUAAGAUCAAGGUUGAGUGAUGGUUCCUAGGGUUCAUUGAGUGUUUUGGUUAUGAGUAGUUUUUUCUUGGGGACAAACAAAGUUCAAGUGUGGGGUAUUUCUUAUGACACUUUAUUUAUGGUGUUUGUCACUCCCAUUCUCAAUAGAUUUUCCCCUUCUAUCAAAGCAUUUUUAGUCCUUUCUCUAGUACUUCUUAUCUAAAUCACAACUAUUUGAUCCUUGAGCCUUUAUAGACCUAGGUUAUGUUUUUGUACUCUUUGAUGCAUUCUUGGUAUGGUUUUUUUGUAUGGUUUUGAAGGUACAAAACAACCUAAGAAAGUUUAGAUCAAGCAUUGAAGAACUCUUGAGGACCAAAGGAGUUAUAAAGAGAAGAAUAUGGAGCUUUCAUGAUAAAGAUGGGGUUUAAUGAAGAAGUCUACUAGAAGUUAUUGUAUGAGCCCAAGACAAGCCUAAUAGAGGAAGACUCGACCUAAGGUGAAAGAAGCCAUCGGUGUCCCAGCAUCGAGUCCAACCACCAUUGGAGGAGACCUGGUCAAGACAAGUCCAAAUCAUAAGAAGAGGUCGUCCGUGGGCCAAGGAGCUCAAUCCACAGAGAAAAAGGAUGGCGUUCAAGCCAAGCUUCUAGAAGCCUUGUUCAAGAAGUUACGAAGUCUACGAAGACUAGGAAAACCCUUUCGUAAUAAGUUUAGAAGAAUUCUAGCCAAGUUCUCCCCCUCCCAAUAGCGGGCAUGGCUCAUUAAUUCAUUAAGACUGCACAACCACACAAAAACUUAUGUACUCUGCCCGAGUAAAAUCUUAGCUUCGUACGAGAGUCUACAGACAAGGAGAUGAUGUCAUCAUUGAUGGUGGUACACUCCUUCUCUUCUAUGUAGCUAGUUCGGAAUUCACUAUAUGAGGAUGUGAACUCCUUAAUCUUUAUCCGAAUGAAUGCUAUGGUUUUAUAACGUGCUUGUGUUUAUCCUUAUGAAUUUUUGUGCUCAUUGUCAAUGCAUGUAUGUCUAUCUUUCGAUGCCCAAGUGAUGAUCAUUGUUGUUUAUCUAGUAUGAAUGCUUCUUUAUCAUCGAUGCUUGUGAUUCUAUAAUGUGCUACUAUAUGCAUUGUGGUUAGUAUGAUCUAGAUUGAUAAGAAAGUACCCUCUAGUGAUACCACAUUGAUGCUACAUGAGUAUAGAGGGAAUGAUCAACCAUCUAUAUCUUGACCAUUCCUCAAGAUUUGGAAGGCCAUUCCUUGCCACUAAUUGAGCAAGAAUUGAUGAGAUCAAAUUUCAAUUUGGCUUUCAUCUUGAGGAUUUGACAAACAUAAUAGUUCAUCAUCAUGAUCUAGACCCGAAGUAUGAAGGCGAGUUGAAUAAGGUUCCACCAAUUUGAUGCAUGAAGCAAGCUCAAAUGACACUCAAGAUAGCCUGUAAAAGGAAAAAGAAUAUGAUAGAAAAGAUUGAUGAGUUGGAGUACGAGACAUCACAAGAGUAUAAGGAUUUUAUCAAUCGUCAUCAACCUAUAAGAGUCAAAUACGAUCAAAUCCUUGCAACGGGAUGGGGAAAUGAAGAUGAAGUAAAGUCUGAUCGUGAAAUCAACUAAAAGGGAACCUCGCUAAGCCUAGCUCAAAGGCAUAAAAGAGAGAGCGCUCCAUAGGAGGCAGCCCAUGUCUAGCGUUGGACUUAUUGACUCUAAAUAAAAGUGCUACCAUGGAGACAUCCCGUAUUUGUCUUUCCUAGAUUAAUUUUUAAUUUCAAAAUUUGUUUUUGGCUUAAAACUUGUAGUUACUCAUUGGAGGAAAACAUUGUAUCCUUUGGAUAAGUGUUACAUUUGGAGAAAAUUUUGAACUUACGAAGAGAAUGGAAGAUUUAAAGGCGUAAAAAAUAGUACAAAAUCAACUUUCAUAGUAUCGAGGUAAGUGUUUUAAUACAAAAAUAUUGGAAACCGACGCAAAACACGAAGGAAAGAGCCAUGGCAAGACCCAGUAUGACACUGUCAUCGAUUCUCUCUCUUCGUUUUUCAAUUGUUAUUCAAUUUUGUAGUAACUCUCAUCAAUCCAAGUAAGUACCCAUGAUCUUUAGAUGAAUCUAGGUGCCUUGAACCAUGAAUUUAGGGCUUCGAUCGAGGAUUUCAAGUUUAAAAUUGCUUGCGAAAUGGGAGUCUUCUCUUAUUGAUUUUCGGCCUAUGCUAGGCACAAUGGAUGUUUAUGAAUGCAUGAUGAUUGGUUUUAUGUUUAGAAAUGAGAUUGCAUGGUACUUAUGACGAUUUUAUUGAAGGUACGUGACUCGAUACGACAAAACACCAAAGUACGAUCAAGGGUAAUCGUAGAAUGGAAAUGCAGUAUAGUGGAUCAUUUUUAAUUAUCAACCCGGGGUCUAGAUGUACUACCUACUCCGUGAAAUUCUAUUAUCUAGCGGAAAAAGUUUAGUGAAGUGUUCAAAGAAAUUUAAACAGAAAGCAGUAAAAAGGUUCUGGUUUUUCAAGUUCGAGAAGGAACCACUCAGGUAAUGAUUGCCCCUAGUCUACAGUUAAGUCGAGUUAUAAUUCACCCAGUCCAACUCAAUUCAGAUUUAUACUGCGGAAGAUCUUGUCCUAGCUUGGAAUCUCUUAACCUGACCAAGCCCUCUCAGUCACGUUACCCGACAGACUACUAACCCUCACCGAGAUAAAGUGUUGAGGCAGUAAAAACAUAUCUCCUCUACUAGAAUGAUUUCCAGUACAGAGCAAUGAAUCAAUUGACUUUUGCACAAUCGACUCACUACUUCCAAUUUAAGAUGCUCUGUUGACCUACUCAAAUUCUAGCGUUUUAGGUCAAAGCUGGAAACAUACAAGUGUUAUCAAGACUCAUAGAUUUCUGAAUAAAACACUUCAAUUGGACAUAUAAUCAUCAAUGUACUGAAAUGAGUUCAUACAACUACUCAUAACAAGCAAAACUAGGGUUCUUCAUACCCAAGUGGUAUAGGAGAGUUUACUCCAUGGAGAGAGUGGAAAACGCCAAGCUUGGAAGAGAAAUCAUCAUGGGAAUAAUGGAAAUCUGCUCCAUACUGAAAAUUAGUACUCCAAGGGUUACAAAUCGAGCUUCAAGGUCUUCCAAUCGCUCCAAGCCUUGCCCAAGGGUUGUUCUUCGUCACUUUCUCUCUAGGGUUCUCUCUAGCCAUUCCUGAACUUGUAAAAUCGGAUUGUGAGCCAACUUCUCCUAGCUGCAGCUUAGAAAGCCUGACACUAGAAUCCAUGGUCUAGAGACUGUGGAUUUCCCAACAUACAGUGCAGCAAUUAGUGGCAUUCCCGAAACCCACGGUUUCCUCCUUAAAAAUCCCCAGUCAUGGAAUUGGGGCGCCAGACCGUGGAUUUCCCUUGAUCAAAAUCCAAGGUCGUGGAAUUGAGGCACCUGACCGUGGAUUUAACUGCUUUGGCCUCUGGUUCCCGUUUGCUAUCCAGUUGCAUCCAGACUUGCUCCUCAACCUCUAUUUACAUGCUAGGACCUAAAAUAUCAUCAACAAGAACUACCUAGCGUAAAAUGGGCCAAAAAGCAAUCAAGAGCUAAGCCAAACGGUCGAAAAAUGUCGAAAAAAACAUGUGUAAAUAUG